AUGGCUGCUGGGAUGUUCCACCAUGCCCUGCAGGUGCCAUACAGCGACUCCUAUAACCUUUUCUUCAAGGAACAGCUGCCAUACGGUGGCUACUGCAAUAUUCCGCCUAGCCCCAUAGGUGCCGUACGGCGAUUUCUACGACGUUUUUAUAGUAGUAGCUGCCGUAUGAUGGCUACUGCGAUGCCCCGCCUGACCCCGCAGGUGCCGUACGGCGACCCCUACGAUGUUUUCUUCAAGGAACAGCUGCCAUACGGUGGCUACUAUGUCCUUUCCCAUAUGCAGUAG